AUGGCCAUGAAUUCACUUCAAUCAAUCAUAAUCUCUAUCUUAAUCACUCUCCAUCUUCUCUCUUUGACCUCUAAUUCCUCUCGUGUUCAUAUGAAUCUUUCAAAAACCACCCCCAUCCGAGUUUUAUUAUAUGAAGAGAAAACCAGACUGGGUUCAACGCCGCCGAGCUGUCACAACAAGUGCAACCUCUGCCACCCAUGCAUGGCGGUGCAGGUGCCGACGAUGCCCGGUCACAACGGAGUUAAACCGGUGGACUACUACGAUCAACCUCCGGCGUCCUCAUCGGGGAACAGGUACUCGAAUUACAAGCCACUCGGUUGGAAAUGUAGAUGUAAUGGGCAAUUGUAUAACCCUUAG